GAUGUGCGACUGUAUGGACAUCACCGAUAGAAACGGAUUAAAUGAGUUGAUAUAGUCAUCAUCGACGGGUGCCAACCAUUACAUCAAUAUUAUGACAAACACUGGUCGUCUCCCUUGCCUUACAUUUAUCCGUGAAUUUCAAUUCACUGUUCAUAUAAUCAAUUUGUUGUCCAUUGCAUGCGUUUCCGUCAGUUCAGGUAUUCCGGGAAUCAAAUUAAGAACCGCUGAAUUAGGAGAGGAUAAUACCGCCUUCCCUGAAUACAGAGCACUGGUAGGCGAUAGAGUGCAACUGCCUUGCAAUAUAAGUAUGCCAUCGAAAGACGACUCGAUAACAUUGAUUCUGUGGUAUAGGGGCGACACGACAGGCGGUCCCAUAUACUCAGUGGACGCCAGACAAAUGCCUACCAAACAGGGCCAACACUUCCUGAGCGAUGACCUCACAAAUAGGGCGACACUUAAUAUAUCCAUCAGACCGGCGAUCCUCACCAUAGACCCGGUGCGAGCCGAGGAUGAGGGCGAGUACAGGUGUCGAGUGGACUUCCGGUGGGGCCGUACCAUGAAUACGGUGGUCGGCCUUAUAGUGAUCGUCCCUCCUCGACGAGUGAUCAUUAAGAAUGAACGUCUGGAGCCAUUAGACGAGUUGGCCGGACCUUAUCAGGAGGACAGCGACGUGAGGCUGACGUGCGAAGCGAAAGGUGCCAGGCCGCCAGCUCUGGUCAAAUGGUAUCGCCAUAACCAAGUGAUCGAUGACUCGUUUGAGAUCAUUCAAGAGGGGGCGCGAGUCCGCAACGAUCUCACCAUUAAUAAAGUGACCAGGGCUGAUUUAUUUGCCGUGUAUAGGUGUCAAGCCUUCAACACCAACCAUACCGUUCCCAUCGAAGCCAAAGUUAUAUUAGACAUUACGCCAUUCAUACCGAUCACUAUAAGGCCGACCACCGUAUUCAUGGUACGGCCCCACCGGAAGUCCACUCGACACCUGUACUCGCCCUCAUCCUCGGCUCGCACCGGGUCUAUGGUGAGGAUCGCCGGUCUGAUGGAUAUAUUAAGUGUCGCCCUAUUUGUGAGGUCAUCGCUCAGGAAGUGUUGGCCCUGUUUGGUAGGCAUUUGUCUGGCGUCCACUGAGUAUAUGGGACCGCCUGUCGUGUCGCCCCUAUACCACAGAAUCAAUGUUAUCGAGUCGUCUAAAAUAUAUAUAAUUACCAGGCCGCCAGCGCUGGUCAAAUGGUAUCGCCAUAACCAAGUGAUCGAUGACUCGUUUGAGAUCAUUCAAGAGGGGGCGCGAGUCCGCAACGAUCUCACCAUUAAUAAAGUGACCAGGGCUGAUUUAUUCGCCGUGUAUAGGUGUCAAGCCUUCAACACCAACCAUACCGUUCCCAUCGAAGCCAAAGUUAUAUUAGACAUUACGCUGCGACCAUUGAAUGUGGAGAUCAUAGCAAACAACGAGCCGUUAAUCGCCGGCAGAAAAAUCGAUGUCUCGUGUGAGUCGAGUGGCUCUCGACCUAUGGCUCAGAUAACGUGGUAUAAGAAUAAGAGGAAACUCUCGGAGUCGAGGGAGACAUACUCCGAGGACGGGAACGUUACCAAAAGUGUAAUUACAUUGACUCCAGUGCCUGAUGAUAAUGGGGCCCAAUUAGUCUGUAUGGCCAACAACUUUCGCAUCACUAAUGGCUCGUCCAUUGAAGACAUUUGGACGCUAAACGUGUUGUAUGAACCACGAGUUAGUCUCGUGAUGACCGCCACUCAUAAGAAUAGUAUCGUCGCUGAAGGCAACGAAAUAGUCAUGGAUUGCAAGACCAAAGCCAACCCAUCAAUACUGGAUCACAACUGGUUUUACGAGCAAAGGAUGAUUAAAACCGAUUCCCUUAAAGGUAUUGAGAAAUAA